AGGCUCGGUGAGUCAGAGCCGCACAGUAAAUAUUUGUAUUAGCCGGAGCCGGCUCGCUAAUGGUGGACGCGUGAGGCGGAGGAGCGCGGCGGCGGGAGGCAGCGGGCAGCACGGCGGCGGCGCCAUGUCCGUGAACAUGGACGAGCUCAAGCACCAGGUCAUGAUCAACCAGUUCGUGCUGACGGCGGGCUGCGCGGCCGACCAGGCGAAGCAGCUGCUGCAGGCGGCCCACUGGCAGUUCGAGACGGCCCUCAGCGCCUUUUUCCAGGAGACCAACAUCCCCUACAGCCAUCACCACCACCAGAUGAUGUGCACUCCUGCCAACACCCCUGCCACGCCCCCCAACUUCCCUGAUGCCCUCACCAUGUUUUCCCGUCUCAAGGCUUCCGAGAGCUUCCAUGGUGGCGGCAGCGGCAGCCCCAUGGCUGCCACGGCCACGUCCCCCCCGCCGCACUUCCCCCACACCGCCACCGCCAGCUUCCCCGCCCCGAGCUGGCCUGCUGCAGCCUCACCCCCGGGGGGCCCACAGCACCACCAGCCACAGCAGCCGCCCCUGUGGACUCCGGCACCCCCCUCCCCGGCGUCAGACUGGCCACCCUUGGCCCCCCAACAGGCCGCUUCAGAACCGAGGGCCCACCCUGCGAUGGAGGCUGAAAGAUAAGGGAGGCCCCUCCCCCCUCCCGGAGGCCAGGACCCUGUGGGGCGGGGGAGAGGAUGUCUCCGCGGGCCCCCUUCACUCUCUGUCUGCACCCCUGUUCCCUGGAGCCCUGGAGGGGAGAGACUGGACCCUGGUGCCAGCACACAGGCUGCCCACGCGCGAACGUGGAAGCUCAGGCCCGGGGCACCCGCCUUGCAUGGAUUUGGUUCAGAGUCGUCUUGGUGCUGGUGGACAGAACUUCAGAGAACAAGCAGCCUUCCCCGGAGGACUUGCUCGCCCUGCCCCACCCCAGGGGGCUCCGGAGAAUCGCCACAGCAGCAGCAGCAGCGGAGACUUGGCUGGCUCCUGCCUUGGAGCUCCUUGGGGGCCAUCAGGCCUAGAUCCCCACCCUCGGGAAUGCAGAGCCUUCUCCGCAUGUGUGUGUGUAGCUGUGUCUGUAUUUAUAUGUAUGUCGCUCUUCAAGAAGCAACCUAGUUCAUGGGGCAGCUGGACUUUGCAUGUUAGAGUGAGCCCCCAAGCCCCUUGCCCGCCACCCCUCUCCCCAGGGCCCUGCCCAUCUCUCCUGCCCCCUUGUCAGCCAGCCUCGCUGUUCCCUGCAGAGAAAAGAAUUGUGGGAAACUCCAGGACUCUUCCCACCCAUCCCCCAGCGCCUGCCUGCUGGGGCUGCCUGCAUGCCUCCCCCAGAGCCCAGGGGUACCUCACACCCUUUCCCUUCCCCCUUUUAACAAAAGAGAAGAAAGAGUUCAAACCACCACCAGGCUCUGUGGUCUUGCCUCGCAUCCUGAGCUUUGCUGCCAGCUGGCUCCAUGCGGAGAGGCAGGGCACCCCCCAGUCCCGCCUGGCUCCACACUACACUGCUUCUGUCUGCUGCUAUUUUUUCAACCACAACAUGGCUCUGGAAUCUUCCUGCCCAUCCAAGGCUCUUCCCAUGAAGUUAGUUUCUGGCCUGUGUUCCCAGAAUCCCUGACUCCUGCCCAUGCUUCCCCCCUGUCCACCUGGACUGAUCCUGACCUCCGGGGCUAACAGUUGCCUUCAGUUUGCUAGGACCUUUCUUUGUGUUUUAGGGUCCCCAUGGCUGGCUGCAGCCUGGACUCCCCAAGCCCAGCCUCCCAACAAACAUACCCGGUUGAGCAGGGCCCUCCCCCAGGGAGGCACAGAUAGCCCGCCUCUGCAGAGCCAGCGAGGGCUCAUGACAGGAACAGGACGAGCCCAGGGCAGAGUCCAACCUGUGGCUCAAGCCUUUGGUCACUAAGGAGACUGGCAACCCAGGGGCGAUAGGACCCUGGGCUGCUCCCGAGCUGGGCUGGGGCAGGCACCUGCUCUCAUCCCAAGGGAGGAGCCAGGGGUGCUCCACUCUGAGUGCCCUCCCCUUGGCUGCCCUUGCUGGGGAAGGGGCUUCCUGUGGCAGCCUCAGCCUUGCACCCCUUGUGAGGAGCUGAGCUUUGAGAAGGGGGGAGGCCAAGGUCCCUGCCCAACCCUCAGUACCAGCAGACCUGACAGGAGCCCACCCGGGCACCCAGCCCAUCAGUCAGCACCUUGAUCUUUUGCAGGUGGUGCCUGGGUCAGAGAGUUUCUUGUUUCAGAAGGUCUGCUUAAUGUGUCUACGCUCCCCACUGGCAGGCAGCCGUGCCCUUGCUCCUAGGGAUGGGGCUGGGCCUUCUGACGAGGAUACUCCGGUGUUGGGCACCCGGGCCGUUACCUGGCUUCCCCAGCUCAGUCUCCACCCUGCUGGACCCUGCAUGGCUCCGGGGGCCACUCUGCUCUCUGGCUAUUACUGAAGACCCCCUGCCAGGCCCCUGCUGCAGCUGCUGCUUCUGGAAUUGUGUGCUCACCUUGAAAUCCCCCUUCUAGCGGCCUCCCCGAGGAGGUCCAGAGGGGGAGCACAGCCCUGUGUGUGCUCCUCAUGGAGAGGGGAGGGAGUGAAGGAGGGGCAGGGUAAGGGUGAGGGUAUCUUGGGCCUCCUGACUCUUCACCACAGCCUUCUGAUGGGAGAAAAUGCUGAGGUAACUGCCACACAGCCCCAUCAAGGGGCAGGAGAGAUGCAGAGGCAAGUAUGUGGGGCGGUUAUCUGCCCUGUAGGGGUGCGUGUGCCUGGGCUAUCCCAGGGAGCCCAUGGCUGUAUGUGUCCCUGGGCUAUCCCAGGGAGCCCAUGGCUGUAUGUGUCAGAGACCAGAGACUGCACCAUCGAGAAUCUGCACUCGUGGAGACGGAGGCUCACCCCUGGGCAGACAACUGGGUGGCCUGUAAAUGAACCACAGUCUUGCUACUCAGGCGUUUGUCAGAGGGGCAGGUCCUCAAGCUCCGCGUUGAGCAGUGUUCCUGCACAACAUCUCUGCUGAGUGCUGAUCUGAUGGGGGUGAGGUGCAUUUCUGUUUCCAGGGGGCCACGGGGCUGGCUUGGAAGUGUCAGGUGGUCACAUCAGGCUGGAAGGACUUGGGGUUCCUAUAGGUCCUGGUUUUCUAGCCUGGGCACUGUGGACAUUUGAAGCUGGAUUACUGUCUGCUGUGGGGAGUCCUGUGCACUGUGGGACGUCGGCCAGCCUCCUGGCCUUCCCACGAGAUGCCAGUGCAUCCCCUAGUGACAAUGGAAAGUAUCUGGACAUGGCAAAAUGUCCUCUAAACCCGGGGUUCCCAUAGUUGGCUGCACAGUAGAGCCCCCAGGGAGCUCCGUAAAGAGACAAACCACAGACUCCCAGAUCCCACGGCAUCAGAGUCCCUGGGGAGAAGCCUUGAUGGUAUUAUUUUGAACGUCCCCCAGGAUAUUGGUGGAUCAUUAAAAUAAAAACCACUUAAUCAUUUACCUUGAAGGGUAAACUUAAGAGAAUAUCAACUGUAUGUCAAAGCUGUUGUGCAAACAGCUCCCAAGUGAUUGUGAUUCAAGACCCCCAAACCUGUAGGGUAUAAAGGACCCCUGGGUGCUUGAGGCAACUGCUCUGGAGGAGGGCACAGGAAUCGGGUUUUUCAUCAGUGCCCCAAGCAAGGUGGGAACCAGAGCAAGAGGGGCAGAGGGCAGGGCUUGGGCCUCCUAGUACUUUCCAGCAAAUGCAGAGGCCCUGCCUGGUGUGCUGGGAGCCCCUGGUCUGCGCAUCUCACCAGCAAGGGAAAGGCUGCAGAAGCGGGCCAGGUGAACUGGAGGGGAAGCCAGAGGUGAGAACGGAACCUGGAACCUUCCUCCACUUCUCUAAGCUCAGGAACAAAGCUGAAGGAGUCCGUAACUGUCUGUUACACGUUCAAACGUAAACUGGCUGGAAAGCAAAGGUGCUGGUGCAUGAACAGAAGGGAGCAGACCCAGCUGUCCUCUGCUGUCCUUCAUCACGCCUCCUGGGAGCUGCCCCAGCAGCACACAUGGGAAACUGGCUUGGUUACCUCAAAGCCCAGCCUCUUCUGGGCACGGUCACCCCUACCUACCUGCCAGACUGCAGCUCAAAUGACUGUUUCCAAGGUUCUGUUCUAAAAACCUUCGCAUCCAUGACACUGCUUGGAAGGAUGACUGGAGCUCCAACAGUCUCCUUUCUGAAGAGCGGACGUGGCAGCCCGUGGGGUGAAGGUCUGGCCACCCCAGGUGACAGGCAGUGGGGGUUUCUUUCCAGUCUGCCGUGAAAGCACCUGGGCGCACUAACUUAGGGGUCUGCUGCUUGGCUUCCAUGUCUUUCUGAAUGGCCUGCCAACACGUUAAAGUUGGGAGAGUUUGCACCAAAAGUCUCGCUUCUGGCUUCUCUUGGACAUUCAUGAACCAGCUGGCCCAGGUUCCUGCCAGGCCGUAACUGGCUGAAGCCGACUGUCACAGUGGGGACGCAGCCAGCCUGCCCCUGGUCGGCCAACCCACUCCAGUGGCCACAGACGUGUGUUGGGUUCCUGUCUCCUAAUUGGUUGAAAUCUGGAGGGGGAUCUUGUUUUGCACCAGGAAGAGCUUCCAAAGUGAAAGGCCUGCUGGGGGGGGGGGAUGGAGGGGGGGUUGGAGGGACAGCUGGUGGAUGAAUGGAGACCCUGAAGUGCUUUCUGUGGGCAGGCAGGCCUCCUCCUUCAGACAGCUUCGAGAAGGGAAGGGCUUGUUCUCCCAGAUUCUCUCGGAUGAAGGGUCCCCAGGGUCCUUCCAGGGUUCUCUGAGAACACAUUGUGGCUGGCCCCCAAGCCCAGCAGUGGGUGGGGCUGCCUUGGGCCUGGAAGCCUCUGAGGGGCCUUUAUAGCAGGACUCAUCUGAGGACAGAUGAGUGCUUUGAGUCUGGUCGCUUCCCGGGGUCAGUGCUGGGGAGGCCGCCUGGGCUGGACAAAAGGAGAUCUUUUGAGGCAAGGCUAUUUCCAAUUCCUGCAUUUGGAAAGGUCUUCGGUUGCUUAGCCACAGCUUCUGUUUGGGCAACGUAUGUGUUUCAAAUGAGCCUUAGAAUAACUGCACUCCUUUAGGGGAGCCCCAGGAUGGCCAAGGCCGUGUCACUGGCUCAGCACAAGGUGCUGGGAGCCUGUUGGCGGGGUUCUGCUCUGCCUUCCAGGGCCACUUCUCGGCUCCUGGGGGGCAACAGCUGCACAUGUUGCUGGGAUGGUUUUCUGUGGCUCCUGGUGAAGCCAUGAGCCAAGAGGAGGAGGGGAACUGAGAAGAGAGGCCUUGCUUUGGCUCUCUGUGUGUGGUAUGUGUUUGGUGGUUCUCUAUGCAGAGCCCCCAGGACCGGGGAUAGUCAGGGGUCCAGCCAGGGAGGCAGGUGUGCGCUGAUUUUAGUGUCUGUAAGAGUUCACAGAAAGAGGGACACUUUCCUCCACUGCCAGUGCCUCAACUUCCCUCUUCUGGUGACUUGUCCCGGGCACUGGCAGUGCAUUUUUUCCAGUGCGGAUCAUCUUGUUUAGGAUACACAUUGCUGUCAUUGGUUGUUUAUACCUUAGAGUUAAGGAGUUCACGGUCUUUGAAAGGGAGAAAUGGUCAGUGACCCUUUGACCUGUGUUGGUGGGUUGUAGGGCCACGUAUGGGAGUGCAGGGGGGUCACCACUCAGCAACUCCAUUCCAGCAGCACCUCAAAGCAGGACCCUCUGCUUGGCGAGAGGCGUCUCUCUCCCCUUCCCGCCCAGCUCAUUUGUGCAGCGCCACACCAGGCCAGGCCAUGCGCCUCCCUCCCUACAUGACCGGCUCGUCCCUGUCUGUCCCAGGCAGACGGGGACCUUACUGCCCAGCCUGGCACUGCCACUGCCUCCCAGGCCAGGAGCCGUGUCCCCCUGACAGAGGAGGAGGCUGCGCCCAGGACCCUGUGAGGUUCCCACUCUGCUGACCCCAUCCUCAUUCUUUCUGCUCCCCAAGCACCUUUGCCUGCAGGGAUGGGGUGAGCUCCCCCCUGAGGCACCUGCCCUCGAAGCUUCCUGCAGGCUCCAGCCUCAGGCUGGAAUCAGGGAGAGGCGAGCAUUCUCCCUGCAGCUCCCACCUGCCACCAGGCCAAAGGCCAGCCAGCUUAUUUCCCCACAACCUCUGAGGGAGACAGGACUGUUGUCCUCUGGCAUUGCUCCUGGCUGGCUGCAUUGGUGUCCCUACCUUCCGAAACACCAAGGAGCCUGUUGGAAUGUGAAUGGUUACGGGGCGACCCACCUGGACCUCACUCCUUGAUGCCUGGGCUGCAGGAACCAGCUGAAGCACAGAUUCCCUUUGUAAAACUGAGAAAUGGCUGGGGAGGCAGCUUUCAGGGGACAGUGGGAUGGAUAGGAGGGUCUGAGCCUGGGUGUUUGGGGUGCCUGAGGGCCAGGGCCGCAGGGGACAAGCCUGGCACAGGAUGCUUUGCCUGAGCCCAGGCCACGCCUCCCUGCCCUGCCUGUGGAAGGCUGGAGAGCCGAGGCCUCCCUGAGCAAACCUGGGCAGGUCACGUCACCACCCCUGCCCUCGACCCCCCUGUCUUCCCAGAAUGCAGGGCUAGGGUACCUUAGGACUUUUGCCAUGAUGGAAAAUGUAGCAGAGGCAAGGUUUGCUGUUGAUUCUCUGCUGGGACUCGGCCACGGUGGUUCUGGCCGGUGCCUCCGAGAGACUGACCCUGGGGUGGGGUCCUGAGAAGGGACCAGCAGGUACCCCCCCACCCACGUGGAACAGACAAGACCACCCUCUAAAGAGGGCACCAGGCAGGUCACCCUCACCCACAGUCAAAAAAGUGAAAGAUUUUAUUCUGGGGAGAAGUUGCCAAAAAUAGUCAUCUGUGUGUGACAUGGGGGUGGGUGCAGGGUCUAGGUCGGCCCCAGGAAUAGCUUGGCCUCAUUUAGACGCAGUCCUUGAAGAAAGAAAAGAGAAGUCAGGGUCUGGAAGUGGGCACAGAUAAGGAGCCAGGGACCGUUAGGAAGGAGCGGCACGCCGUGUGCCCAGACUGAUGGCCGCCAGGCCCGGGCAUCCUGCAGCCCCGGCUCCUCCGUGGGACCCCUGGGCAGUGCACCGCCCCCCAACUCCCUUACCCGCUCAGGGGCCCCGGGGUCCUCUGGUGGAUGUUGGUGAGAGGGAGAGUCGUGCCCCAAAGCGACACAGAGGGAAGUUUUUUUGACUUUGUGUAAUGCAGUAGACAUGUCAGAAGUACAGAGGCACAGAGGGCACAGCUGGACAGAGCCGGGGAGCGGAAAGGAGGAGGGAGAGGAGUCGGGAGGGAGAAGGAAGGAUGAGCUGCCUGAGGGGGGGUUCAAGCCCUGCGCACAGCGGCAGAGGCAGGUGCGUGGUCUGCGCUCCGGAGCUGCCCGCUAACCCGCCGGUGGGACACUGUGGCCUGGUCCGUGUGGCUUCCACUGAGCGUACGGGCCGUUAGCACGGGGCUCAGGACGUCAGGCCUGUGCGAUUCUGGCCCUCGGUGGGAGAGAACAGUCCCAGAAUAUUCCAGGGCCACUGCUCUAAGCUCCUCACGACUGGCCAGAAAGUAAAUAUAAACAGGUUUUAAAAAUAUCCAAUUCAUAACCGUAAUUACUGGUGGGAAUAAUCAACAUGAAAUAAAAAAAAAGGAUGCACUCAGUAAAACUUGGUUCCCGUGAGAAACUUGGUCUUGUUAGAAAUAAAGGCCCCCAACGAAAACGUGCACGGGCAGUAGCUGUAAUUGGGACGGACUCUGAUGGAGCCAUUUCAGCAAAAUAAAAAGGAAAGUGACUGUAUUUAAAAGCACGUUAGCUGGUGUGUUGAAAACUGGUCAAGAAAUUAUGUUGGCUUAGUGGAAAAUUCAAUCUAGAAAGCUGCGUUCUCCACGAAGUGUAGGAUAAGGAGGAUUGUGUUGUGUGGAUUUCUAUGCAUAGAGUUAAAAUGGCCAGUGGGUCAAAAGGAGUCCCUUAUGGAGGCUCCCGGGCCAGGCUCAGGGCCAGGCUCUUCGGGCAGGGAAGGGGAGGGGAGGUAGGGGUGCGGCACGCAGGGCUCACAGACUGGUGGGCUCCUCGGAGGGCUGCGUGCUGGCUCGGGGCCGAGGGUGCCGGGCGGGCCCUGGAGCCUGCUGGGCGGCCCGCAGGGAGGGCGUCAGUGGUGGGAGCAGUGGCAGGGGCGGCAGCGACGGAGGCCGAGCUGGCAUCGUAGGCGGGGGGCCCGGGGCAGCCGAGCGCACGCUGCUGUGGGGGUGCAGGGCUGGGAGGGGCAGGAGAGUCAUGAUGUCCCAGGAGCAUUCCCAGGGGUGGGGGUGAGGCUGGCCUGAUGGGAUCAUGCCCGAUAAAGAAACGAGAAGCCACGACAUGGCUCACCCGGUCCCAGGCACCCUAAGCCUCCCCGGAGUGGGGCGGUUUGACCCCGGAUAAAUGACACCAGGACAGACGCUGCCCUGGCCGUGGACUUGGAGCCGAGGAUCAGGGUUGCUGUGCCUCAGCUCCAUGCCUAAGCUGGGGGAGCCGUGCCCACCUCCCAAGCUUGGCUGAGGGCCCCAGGGGAAGACGAGGGAGCUGUUGGGCAUGCACGAUGCUGGUGCAGAGGAGAGGCUUCAGGGGAGCCCCCAUGGCUUGGCUCAUGGGGCCCCAGCAGAGAGGCCCAGGACCACGAACGGGCUCCUUAUCCCACCCUGGCAGCUAGCUAGAGACCCGCGGGCCCUGGGACGGCCUGGGCGGGAAGCCCCGUGGAAGGUCAGCUACAAGCCCAGGAGGGCUGCAGGCCACGGCCAGGAGCUGGGGGUGUGUGUGUGUGUGGGAUCCAUGGGGCCUUCCUGUACCCUGGCGAGGCAGGACAGGGGAGAGAGGCCUGAGGUGGGGCAGCGAUCCCCGGGCAGGGCCGGGAUUGGGAGGGCUGGUACUCACGCGGGUAGAUGGUGGUAUAUAAGCUACUGGAGCGUUCCCGCUCGUAGGGGUUCCGAGCUGGGGGGUGCGGAACCUUCACAGCUGAAAAGGAAGAGGCAGGAACGGGUGAGUGUCCUGCGGAGCCCCCCGCCACGCCUGCCCCAUAGUUUCCCAGGCCUGCCCGCCUCCCCCACACACCUGCCCCUCAGCCUUUGGGGAACACCCCUCCUCACACCUUCUGGGGUCUAGAGUUUCUUGGGCCAUAGACGUUCCCACUGGGUCCAGGUGGCCGCGGUGUCUCCACCCCCACCUUCCUGUCCCUCAUCAUGUGCGUGUGUGAAUUUUUUUUUUUUUUUGAGAUAAAAUUCACAAGCCACAUUAACCAUUUAUUUAUUUUAAAAAAAAUUUUAAGUGAUCUCUACAAUCCCAAGAUCAAGAGUCACAUGCUCCACCAACUGAGCCAGCCGGGCGCCACACGAAAUAACCAUUUGAAGCCAGCACUUGAGUGACAUUAAGUUCAUUCCCAGUGGUGUGCAACCACUGCCUCUGCUAGUUCCAGAACAGCCCGCGCCCCACAAAGGAAACCCGGUGCCCACGAGGACACUCACUCCCCUUGCUGCCUCCCUCAGGCCCUGGCAGCCAGGAGUCUGCUUCUUGUCCCAGCCCUAUGCCUGUUCCCAACCGACAGACCCACAGACCGGGGAUCACACAAUAUUUGGCCUCUUGGGUUCUGGCUCUGUCCUUCACCUCUGAACCCAAGGCAUCCCUUCUCGGUGUCCAGUCAAGAAUCUCCAUGACUGGCCGCCCAGACCAAAGGCUGCACCAGAAGAGGUGGGACCAUGGGAGUAGGGGAGGCGGUGAGAGUGAGGAAAGAUGCAGGGGAGGGCCCAGGCCUGGCCCUCAGGACGAGUCACGAGUCACGGGGCACUGAGCUCCUUCCUGUGAAGGACACCAGAUUGUUCCUCUGUCCUUCCCUGGGUGUCCUGACAAUUUCUGCUUCGAAUGUCCUUUCUUCGAAGAAUCCUCAGCUCAAUAGGGAACACCUCUCCCCAGCCAUUCCCUCCCCCACUCCCAUGUUUCAUCUUACUGAACUUCUUGUUUAUUUAUACUUAUGAUCCUCCAUGGGGUAGAAACUCUAAGGAAGCAGUGACUUUAUCUUGUCCACAUUGAGUCUUCCCAGUGGUAUCUAAGAGACCCCUGGCACCAGUAAGGGCUCGGGAACGACCAGCUGAAUGACCAGGGCCAGGUGCAGCAGGGUGUGUUGUGUGGAUCUCCCUUUUAUGGACAAACUCACUGUUCCAGCUGCAGGAGCAAAGGGAGCCACGAGCCUCCACCUGUUAGCCCCUCAGGGGUUGUUAGCAGCUCUGGUCACUGAGGGGGCCCAGGGCCUGGCCCAGGGCAGUGCAGCGCAGCAUUUGUUCAGAAGCUCCCCAUCGGGUUGGCCUGGACCUUCUCCGGUCUGCUUAUUAUCUGAGGGUUUCCGCUUGCUCCCCCUCCCCCAUCCCUCUGCUAACCACCCCCACCCCCAAACCCAAACUACUCUCAUUCCUCACUCAAGGUCUGCAUCAGCUGUUCCUUGAGCCUGAACUAACCCCAGUGUGCUUUGUGGGUUCUGCGUACACCAAAUGUCCAGUUCAGGGGUACUCUCUGGCCCCCUGCUCUGACCCCCCACUUGGGACCUGGAUCCCUCCACAGAUCUGAGGCAGGACCAGCCAACCUGCUGACCAGUGAGACUGUCACACUGCUUCCCUUCCAGGUGAAGGACGGGGGACCAGGGCCCAGUUUCAAAACUGAGACUCCGUGAGGCUUGGAAACCCAGCUCUGACCCUAGCACCCCCCUUGAGGUCCUGCUGAUGCCCUGGGCUCUAUAGGUCAGAGCCUGAACUCACCACCUGACCCCCACACCUGCUCCUCCUGGACCCUCCCAACUUCCCAACUCUGCAACAGCCAGAAGCUGAGGAGUGGGGAGGCUCUCAAGAGGAGGGAACCCUAAGCUCCGGCAGAUGAGAAAGGUUCUCCAGGACUUCGGGGCAGGCACACAGCCUGGGCAGAGGCCCGCGAGUGGGAGAUAGCCAGGCUCACUGACUGACGAGCAAACGGUUCUGAGACGCUAGAGGGAGGGGCAGAUGGGGGACAAGGGGCCCCCUCCAGAUUGGCCGAGGAGCCUGGACUCUGACAUCAAUGCCCCUGAAAUGUGCCCGUCUUAAUCCUCAAAACCUGUCACUGUGUCACCUGACUUGGCAGAGGGGGCUUUGCAGAUGGCAUCGAGUUAAGGAGCCCGAGACAGAGAGGAUCCUGAAGUAUCCAGAUGGCCCAAUGUAAUCGCAAGGCUCUGGAGGGAGGCCAGAGGGUGAGAGUCAGAGGAGGGGAGGGGAGCACGGAAGAGAGGCUGGAGGGGCACAUCUUGAGAUAGAGGAAGGGGGGCCGUGAGACCAGGAACGCAGCAGGCCCCUGGCAGGUGGAAACGGGGCAGAAACAGAGUCUCCCCAGGGGAACCGGCCCUGCUGACACCUUGAUUUUAGCCCUUGUAAGACUCAUUUCAGAUUUCUGACCUCCAGAACUAAGAUAAAAUAAAUUUGGGUUAAGCCACUGGGUUUGCGGAAACUGGUUACAGCAGCCAUAGGGAACAUACUGACGGUUCUGAGCUGGGGAGCAGCCGGGUCACAGGGUCGCGGCGCGUGUUUUAGGUGAGGAGGUUUGAGGCUGGCACCCCGCCCCUGCUGCCGCCUCCUCUGUCCUCCCUGAUCCUGCCUGAACUUAGCCUUCCUUCCAGGGCACUCCUCUGAAAGUCCAGCCUGCUGACCACCAGCCUCAGUGCGUCCACCCCCCUCCUGUGGGGGCACCGGUGUUCCUCUGCCCUGGCCUGAGCUCCUGACUCAGUGCAAGCGUCUGGAGGGCACAGGCCGCCCAGGUGCCCCUCAGUGUCCCCUGUGUCUUGGCAAAGGGCUGAGUACAGGGCAGGGCACGUUGGACGGUGAUCUGAAUGGACGAACACAUACGGGGCCAGCCUGGACCUGGGCGGGGCUCACGCUGGCUCGUUUGGGUUUAGAUUUUGAGACUGUUUUGGAUUAGAAUGUUCUUUUGAGUAAAUAAAUGAGGGAUAAAAGCAAUCCUGUUGACAGAUCUGGCCACAGGCAGGUUUCUGAUGGAUCCCUAAUGCCUAUUAGACUUUGGUGCUUGUAGCAGGACAAAGCAGUUGAGGUGCUGUGAUUCAGUCCUGCUUUGCUGCAUGGGUCUCAGAAUGAAUGGGCCAUGGGGACAGAAGCUCCCCCCCCCCAGGUGACAGCCCAGGGGAGGUGGGCAGAGGGCCCUGUCCCAUGCAUGAGUGGGUAAGGGCCCCUCCACCAAGGGUGCAUGCGGCCCUCACCUGCCUGUUUGCACAAUGCCUCAGCGUGUUGCUGCCAGCUGAAAAGAGGCAGUGCAGGCAAGAAAUCGGGGCUCAUUAAAUAUUAGCCACCGUUGUUAUUACCCUGCCUGGUGACCCAGCUUCACCUGAGCCUCCUCCUAACAGCAGCUGCUGCCAGGGGCCGAGCCUUGUCCGGGGGCAGCCAUUAAUGCCACAUGGGCCAGAUCCGUGCUGGGGGACUGCAGGCCUCAGGCAGUGUCCCACCCACUUGGGCCAGGGCAGGGAGCUGCAGAGGGUUGACCGGUGGCCCUCAAAAAGAUAUGUCCCCAGAACCUAUGAACAUAACCUUACUUAGACAAAGGGUCUUCUCGGAUGUAAUUAAGGAUCCUGAGAUGAGCUCAUCCCAGGUUAAGCUGGGCCCUAAACCCAAUGACAAGUGUCCUUAAAGGAGACAGAAGAGAAGACCCAAGGGAAAGGCCACGGGAAGACAGAGGCGGAGACUGGAGGGACAGGACCACAAGCCAAGGACCGCGUGGCACCGCCACAAACUGGAAGAGGCAGGAAGGAGCCUUCCCUAGAGCCCCGGGAGUGAGCACAGCCCGGGGACACCUAGAUUUUGGACUGCAGGCCUCCGGAACUGUGAGAACGUCUGUCGUCUCCAGCUCCCCAGUCUGUGGCCAUUUGUUGUGGUCGCCCCAGGACACUAACGUGGGCUCUUUGUCCUUUGACCAGCACUGCCAAUUAAACAGUCCCCUUUGCUUUC